UGUGCGGUCGGUGUGCCCUAAUUGUUUUGAGAAAUACACCAAAGAGAAAAACUGCAUGGUCCUGUCUAAUAACCUGUCCUGUAACUGUGGCUCAAACCAGAUGAACAUAAAUUAACUUUUCAUCAAAGAAAGUACAGUUUGGGAUUAUUUCCAGCAAGCCUAUUGGAUGAAUUGAAGGGAACCUGAUGUAAGGCUUUUGUGAUAGACUAGACUGGUUAAUAAAUAGGCUGCUAUUGACCAGUCACAAUGGCUAUUAUUAAAUGUGCUGAAUGAUUAAGACUCUGGGUUGCCUUUCUUAGACUGAUUUAAUUAGUGAGAUUAGUUAGGCUGAGAUAACCCAUUGUUGCUGCACAGAAACACUGCCAUGUACAUGGCUUUCUGCAGCACUCUCUCACACACACACAUACACAGUACACACACACACACACAAUACAUAUAUACAUACACACACACACUACACAUACACAGACUGUUUAUGCCGGCUCCUGGACAGAAACAUUUACAAGUGCCAUAAAACUGUGGCACAUUUGCAUAAAAAUGAUGGACUUUCCAUGUUCGAUUAAAACCACAGAUGGGGAAACACUCACUCACUCACACUCUCUCACACACACACACGCACACCUGUCUCUCACUUCUCCCCUCUGUUCUAUAUAAAUACAAGGUUCUCCUUCAGUGGACCACAAGACUUUCCUUUCUCUCUCACACACACACACACACUUUUCAGAUGUGCUGAAGACCUCUGUGCUGAUCCAGUGAAGUAGUCACCCUCCUCUGUAGUCAGCAUGCUCUGUGAGAGCCGGCUGUGGACUGUGGCUUUCUGCCAGGACUGGGACCCCCCGUCCGACGCUUACAAAAACACGCCUGAAACCACGGCAACCUCCUCAAGCAUUCCCGCCCCCCUGCCACGCCUCCUCACGCACGUCCCCUCAUCUCCACGGCAACCUGGCACCAGCCCCUGGCGGCCGCUGGACGGCUGGUCCGGACGACUCGUCUCCCCUGGCGUGGACGUCCCCGGGCGGGUAGCCUCGUCCCCAGGCACCGCGGCGCCCGCCGAGCCCUUCCUGGUGCCCCCGUCCUGCCACAGCAUCUGCCAGCACUACAGCGACCUCCACAUCGCCGGCGACCAGGUGCUGCUGCUGGACACUGGGGUGGCAGCCGAUGCAGGCGGCGAUCUGCAGGCCAGACUCUGUAAGGACCCCGAACCUGAGCCGCUGCUGUCCUGCUGGGUCGAGCAGGAGGAGGGGGAGGAAGAGAACAAGGACGAGGACGGCGCCGCUCUGGGCGCCCGGGAGCGUCCGUCCCUGCUGGCACCGGAGGGGCGUCCGCUGUCCAACUCGCAGCUGAACCGCUACCUGGAGCAGAAGCUGCUGGAACUGUACCGGCAGCACCUGGCCCAGGGGCCCGGCCCGGCACCACCACAGCAGCAGGACCGUCUGGGCCCGCGGCCCGUGCUGGCCUCCGAGCUGCUGCAGAGCAGCCUGGACCAGAUCACACUGCAGCUGCAACGGCGCGACCACAACCUGGAGGCCGCACGCGCCAAGGACCUGGUCAUGAGCUGCCUGCUGAGGGUGGCCAGCAGCCAGCAGUCCAGCGAGAUCAGCACCCCGCUGCUGCAGAUGUCCAGUAACGCCGUGGAGAGAGAGAGCAGAACCCCAAUACUGCAGAACCCCACUAACAUUGGAGAGAGCAGAACCCCACUAACAUUAGAGAGAGCAGAACCCCACUAACAUUGGAGAGAGAGCAGAACCCCAAUACUGCAGAACCCCACUAACAUUGGAGAGAGCAGAACCCCAAUACUGCAGAACCCCACUAACAUUGGAGAGAGCAGAACCCCACUAACAUUAGAGAGAGCAGAACCCCACUAACAUUGGAGAGAGAGCAGAACCCCAAUACUGCAGAACCCCACUAACAUUGGAGAGAGAGCAGAACCCCAAUACUGCAGAACCCCACUAACAUUGGAGAGAGAGCAGAACCCCAAUACUGCAGAACCCCACUAACAUUGGAGAGAGCAGAACCCCACUAACAUUAGAGAGAGCAGAACCCCACUAACAUUGGAGAGAGAGCAGAACCCCAAUACUGCAGAACCCCACUAACAUUGGAGAGAGCAGAACCCCAAUACUGCAGAACCCCACUAACAUUGGAGAGAGCAGAACCCCAAUACUGCAGAACCCCACUAACAUUGGAGAGAGCAGAACCCCACUAACAUUAGAGAGAGCAGAACCCCACUAACAUUAGAGAGAGAGCAGAACCCCAAUACUGCAGAA